AUGUUGGAGAAGUUCUUCCAAAGGAAAGAGCUUGGAGAAGUGGAGCCUCCUUCUGAAGGGGUUCAAGCAGGGAUUUCUGUUUCAGUAGAUGUCCCUAGUACUGAGCUGAAGGCUGAAGCAUGCUAUGUCUUUGAAGCUUUAGAUGUAGAACAGCAGAAAGAGAUGUCAAUCUUAUCAAUUUCAUCUUCUUCUUCAUCAUCUGCAGUUGGGUUUUGUAAUUCCCACAAACACACUCCUCCUAAUGUAUCUUCCUCUUUAAUAUGUCCCUCAUUUCUCUCCCCACUGCCACUUUCCUACCCAACAAACCACAGGCACAAGAAGAAGAGGGCCAUUGAAGUCAUGUCCACCAAGCUCACAGUCCUGGGCUUCAGAGUUAGGACUCAGAGACUUUUCUUUGAUGGGUUAUUUAAGGAGGGAACCUCCAUUGCCAAGGGCUUCCAAGCAAAGAGUAGAGUUCCUCUCUGUUUCCGGGCUCAAUCUAUUUUAUCCACUGCAUCGCGUUCAACAUCAACAGGAACAACUACAGUUCUUGAUGUGGAGAAGCUGAGAUUACCUUCUUUAGAAGUUAAUUCCGAUUCUUUGGCUGCAAAUAGACCAUGGACAUAUACAGGGGCAACUGGUACUCCCACUGAGGCAAACUUUGGAGCAACUUUAGCCACAGAAAAUCUUCUUACAAGUGAAGAGGCUGUAAUAGCAGCUGCUGCGGCUGAAGCUGUUACUCUUGCAAAAGCGGCUCUCAAGGUUGCAAAGGAUGUGGCAUUGCUGCAUAUGGAAACCAAACAACCUUCUAGAUUAGGAGCUUCCAUGGGAUCUGAAACUGCACUGGUGGAAAAUCAUUUCAUUCAGCUUGCCAUAAAAGAGUCAGAAGAUGUGGAGUCAACAAAUCAAGAAUUUGAACUUCUGCAGGAGCAACUUUCCGAGGGUAUAACUGCAAGAUCGAGUCGUCAAAUAGAAAGGAAGGCCAGAAGAGCCAAAGCAGCAGAGAAGGCUGCUGCAAGUGUUGUGUCGGUGAAGUCUGGUUCAACCAGCAGAAAAAAGCGUGCCUCUUUACAAGAUGUAGACCAUUCUGAUCCGUUGCGAUACCUGAGAGCAACUACCCACACUUCUAGGCUUCUUACUGCAAAUGAAGAAAUUGAGCUUUCAGAAGGAAUACAGGAACUAUUGAAACUGGAAAAGCUCCAGGAGGAGCUUGUACAAAGAUGUGGUGGUCAGCCCACAAUUGCCCAGUGGGCAGCAGCAGCAGGAGUUGAUCAGAAGACAUUGAGGAAGCGCAUAAACUAUGGUAUUCUGUGCAAAGACAAAAUGAUCAAGAGCAACAUAAGGCUUGUUAUAUCAAUUGCAAAAAAUUAUCAGGGAGCUGGGAUGAAUCUACAAGAUCUUGUUCAGCAAGGAUGUCGAGGCCUUGUAAGAGGUGCAGAGAAAUUUGAUGCUUCGAAGGGUUUUAAGUUCUCAACCUACGCCCACUGGUGGAUUAAACAGGCUGUUCGAAAGUCUCUUUCUGAUCAGUCCAGAACAAUUCGCUUACCUUUUCACAUGGUGGAGGCAACUUAUAGAGUUAGAGAGGCUAAAAAGCAAUUGUAUAGUGUAAAUGGAAGACAUCCUAAUGAUGAAGAAGUUGCAGAGGCCACAGGGCUGUCAAUGAAGAGGCUUGCUGCUGUAUUACUGACUCCAAAAGCCCCUAGAUCUCUGGAGCAGAAAAUUGGCAUCAACCAGAAUCUUAAACCUUCGGAAGUAAUCGCAGAUCCCGAAGCAGAAACAGCAGAAGAUAUGCUGAUGAAAAAAUUCAUGAAACAGGACUUGGAGAAGGUACUAGAUAGUCUCAAUGCAAGAGAGAAACAGGUUGUCAGAUGGAGGUUUGGAUUGGAGGAUGGAAGAAUGAAGACAUUGCAAGAGAUAGGGGAGCUGAUGGGAGUUAGUAGAGAGAGAAUUAGACAAAUAGAGUCAUGUGCUUUCCGUAAGCUGAAGAACAAGAAAAGAACUAAACAUUUGCAGCAGUAUGUGGUUUCAUAG